GGAAGAAAAUUCCAAAAAGAAAAAGCCGUAUGUUUUCAUUUCUGCCGCACUAGUGUGUGUUUUCAUGUUGCUCACAUAUCAGUGGCACAGGUCUCCGGCCGGCAGGCCACUCGAAAUCAGGCUUUAUACAAACAACAUUCGCUUUGACAACAAAAAUCUUUCACCGGGCGAGAGACUGUGGGAGUCCAGGGGGCCACUUGCUGCUCAAUCCAUUGAAGAAAACGCAGGACAUGGGCCCAGCGUAGUGUGUUUGCAAGAAGUUUUACAUAACCAACUAAAAGACAUUUUGAGCCACUUGAACAAGGAUGGACAAGAGUGGGGGUACUAUGGAGUAGGGAGAAGCGACGGCAGGACCAAGGGCGAAUACGCGCCUAUUUUGUACAAGAAAGCAGACUGGCAUCUCGAGUCCUCGAGAACCUACUGGCUCAGUGAAACGCCCGACAAGCCCAGUGUGGGCUGGGAUGCUGCUUUGGAAAGGAUAGUCACUGAGGCGAUUUUGAAAAGCAAAAUCAGCGGACAAAGUGUGAAGGUGCUCAACACGCACUUCGAUCACAAAGGCGUGGUGGCAAGACGUGAGCUGGUGAAGCUAAUCAUCAGUAAGUUGGAGGCAGGCGACGAGCCAUCUUUCCUCUGUGGCGAUCUUAACACGCAACCUACGGACGAGCCUUACGCAAUUUUGAAAAAGUCUGAUUUCAGAGAUAGUCGCACGUUCAUGCUGAAUCCCGACGAAAACGAACCCACCUUCACUGGCUUCAGCGAUGCUGAGGGAACCGGAAUUAUUGACUACGUCUGGGCAGACUCAAAAUCUCACUGGCGGGGAUACCAUGUAUUGCCAAAUUUCUUUGGUUUCCGGAUGAGCGACCACCGCCCGGUCGCCGCAGACUUCCGUAUUUGAAUCAAAACGCCCUUUUAGUUUAAUACACCUCGCACAAUGAAAGGCGCUUGCCACAAUCACAGUAUUGCAAAAUGCUUUGCUUGUCGUGCUUCAGAAUAAGUGGGCCUAUAGAAUCUGGUGAUUCUUGGAGGUGAGAAAAGACGAAGCAUGUCCAAAAAAGACAUAUGGGAAUUUAUAAGAACGUGUUGGCCAGGCAUAUACUGUCCUUAUUGCCACCAAGUCCGAGCAUGACUCAUACAAAAAAAAAAAAAAAAA